AUGAAUAUUACUCAAGUCGAACAUGCUGAUGUAAUGAUGAUAGAAGACAUGACAAAUAACAUAAAAAAAGAUGAAUAUACCAAAAAAGAACUAGAAAUUGAAAUUGAUCAUGAAGAUUAUGAAGAAGCAUCAAUAGCAGAUGCUUAUCGAGAUUUACAAUAUUUACCACAA